AUGGUCAAGGCUGUUGCUGUUCUCCGCGGAGACUCCAAGAUCUCCGGCACCGUCACCUUCGAGCAGGCUGACGCGAACUCCCUUACCACCGUCUCCUGGAACAUCACCGGCCACGACGCCAACGCUGAGCGGGCCUUCCAUGUCCACCAGUUCGGUGACAACACCAACGGCUGCACCUCUGCUGGCCCCCACUUCAACCCCUUCAGCAAGCAGCACGGUGCUCCCGAGGAUGAGGACCGCCACGUCGGUGACUUGGGUAACUUCAAGACCGAUGCUGAGGGUAACGCCGUCGGCUCCAAGCAGGACAAGCUUAUUAAGCUGAUCGGUGCCGAGAGCGUCCUUGGCCGUACUCUCGUCAUCCACUCCGGUACUGACGACCUCGGCCGUGGUGGCCACGAGGAUUCCAAGAAGACUGGCAACGCUGGUACUCGCCCCGCUUGCGGUGUCAUUGGCAUUGCUGCUUAA